GACUUGCAAAAAUAUAGUCUGUGGAAUCAGCUUUGUGCUCCCAUUCAUACGUACAGUGCGGUGUAAGAUACUUGUGUCAUUAUCUACUUCGUGGACAUGUUUCUGAAAACUUUAUUAUUCGUUCUGACAAUAAACUGUUUAUCGGAAUAUUCAUGUGCACAAAGGAAUAAAAAGUUUUUCCGAAAAGACUACAGUUUUUUGGAAGAUACAGAGAGUUUCUAUAAGUUCCACACGUUACCUAAAACCUGGCCUGAAGCUAAGAAAUUGUGCGCGUUGGAAGGCGCCAGUCUGUUUUACCCCCAAAACGAUCAUGAGGCCCACAUUGUGAUUUCGUAUUGGAAUGCUACACAACCACACCAUGCCAUUUUAUUAGGAAUAUCAGAUUUGAUUGUCAAAGGAGUAUUCGAAACUAUAGACGGGUAUCCUAUAUCUGACGUUUACAACCGGUGGUACCGAGGAGAGCCAAAUGAUGCUGGCGGCGUCGAAGACUGCGUAGUGAUGAUGAAAGACGGCAGAUUAAAUGAUGAUGGUUGCAAUAAAAAGUUCCCCUUUAUGUGCAAGAAAACCCUCCAGUCUCUUGAAUGGAAUCAACAGUGUAAUAUUCCUAAUUUAGAUUAUGUGUUCAACCUGGAGCUCGGCAGAUGCUACAAGUUCCACUCGGCGCCAAAGAAUUGGACGGAAGCGUACGCAGCGUGCAGUGCCGAACAAUCGUACCUCGCAGUGAUCAACACACAGGCUGAAGCUGAUUUACUCGUGAGGACGGCCGAAGCUGCGUCACAGAGGCAAGCCAGAAGAACUGAACUUACGGGAGUGGUCCAUUUAGGGUUUCAUAAUAGACUUGAUGAAGGCUGGCAAGCUGUCGGAGGGAUAGCGCUUGAGGACACAGGCUACGCCGUUUGGGGGAGCAACCAGCCAGACGGGGGCUCGCAGGAACGCUGCGGCGCGAUGUCUUCCAACGGUCUACUGCACGACAUCAAUUGCAACACGAGAGCAUCCUUCAUCUGCGAACACGAAGUGGACACGCUGUCUUCGCAGCUUGAUGAUCGGUUUGGAGAACUGGCACUUACGAAUGUAGUAAAACAGUGAAAGUGCGUGACAGUUAUUUAAUAUUGCUGAUAAGUUUUUUGUCUUAGACUUGAAGAUCCAAAACGAUUUAAAUUAAAAGACAUAUGUUUAGAUUUUAAUAUAAAAUUGCAUUAAACUCUUUAAACAGAAGUAGGUAUUACAUAGAGUUCACAUCGCACAAGUUAUUUUAAAUUUGGUGGUCCCGAAGUUUUCAAAUAUUAAAAAAAAUAUUAAACUAAAAACAGGUUUACUAACGGUCAAGGUCUAUUGGCCCCUUGCCCAGUGGAGACAACAAUACUCAAAAGUCAAAUUGAUCCCCCAGGGUCGUUUUACAUACUUAUAUUUCCAAGGAUAAAAAAGGGAGUGCGUUUCGGACUUCGGUCAUUAUUUCAGACAUAUUACAAUGAACAUGAAAAGCCUAAAAGGAGGCUUUACAUUCAUUUUUUGGAAAAGUAGCUUAAAAAUGUGAAUGUUU